GUCUUUAUAGCCGGCCGGACGCGGAUGCUCUUGAGCUCUGCAAAAAUCACGCGCCCGGAUCCCUUUUCUCAAUCGCUUGCUUUCUCCUUCACGCUCUCUCCUGCUGUCUCUGCCCCACUGCUGAAGCUCAACUUCGUCGCUCACGCUAUCCCUACACCUAAAAGCCAGCUCUGCCACUCUCUGCCUCUCCCGCUUGGUCCUUCCUGCUGGAAGCAAACUCCCGCUGUUUCCCUGUCUUGCACGGCCUGAACCGAUGAAGAAUAACUCUCACACUCGACUCCUGCAUCGCUGAGAGCCCAAGUGAUUUCUCUCUCUCUCUCUCUCUCUCUCUCUGCGUGUGCAUCGCCGCAUCAACAAGGACCAAGUGUUUGUGUGCGUGUGUAUGGCUUUGCAACCAGCCUUGUGGUUGUGGAGGUUUACCCAUUCUAACUCCUAGGUAUGGCUCAAUACUUGGGCAAUAUAAGCAAUUGCAAGAUCGAGUCACUGGGGCUAAAAGUUAGUUUUUAUAGGUAAAUUGGGGUUAAAAAUUAAAGGAUUGAACUCUCAAUACAGCCCCCACGGAGGGGUUAAACAGCCACGUCUAUUGGGUAACAAUGCUACAGAAUUUUCUAUAGUGGCGCUUGACAAACUUAAACCUCUAUUUCACCCACGAGUAAUUCUACUCUUAAGCCUCUAUUUCCCCCACAUCACACACCAGCUGAGCUGGAUUUAUCUUUCUGUUUUUUUUUUUUUCAAAACGUACGUUUUGAAUAACACGGUUUUACCCAGCCCCCCUCCCCCCAAAAUAGAUUAUGCAGCACAGAAUAUGUAUUCAAAAGGGCAGUUCUAUAUACAGGCCGAUUAAGUGGACUGUAUUGCAGUCCGAUUAUGAAAAUUAUCAAAUUGUCCUUACUUUUAAAUAUGAAUGUAUUAAAUUACCCCCAUUCUACAAGAGCUCACUCUACCAAAUUGUCCCUACUUUCACCGACCUCACCGUCUCUUCCACGCCCUUCAAUGCCUUCGGCCCUUUUGUCAUUCUCGGUAACUGAGUUGUGCGUAUAAUUUGAAAAGGUGGAAUCGAAACUCUGGCAAUUACGGAAGCUUUUGGGGAAUUCCGGUGAGAAUAUCGCAUCUUAUUGUUAUUCCUAGUGGAACUUGAAACUUGAAAUACUCAUUUGCCUUAAUAGAACAUCUCUAUUUUACGGCUUCUCUUUCAGGUCUGGGAAAACACAGCUUGCACAUACUCUAUGCGUUUCUACCCAGGUUCCUUUCUCAUCAAGCAUGUAUUCUUUGCCGUAUUGAAGUCCAUGUUAGUGGCAUUAUCUCAAGCAUAAACCAGUAAGCAAAGGGGCAUAACAGCAGACAAAUUUGGAAACGACGCUUGCAAAUAUAAACCACUAAUAAUAAUCUUGAUGGAAUAAUCUCAAAAUAUAAUGUUUUUAUUUUAUAUUUUUUUGAAUCAUCAAGAUAUAAUGUUAAGCCUAGCUGAUUGUGCAUCCUGAUGAUUCGCUGUUAAAUAUUCCUGGGCACUUGAAUCUUAACCUUACACACAUCGAUUUUUUGGGUAAUAGGCUUAGGGGGGAUUCCCAGCUCCUUCACGCUUCUCGAAGACCUCGUACUCUUGAAUCUUUCGUCGAAUGGGCUCGUUGGUGAGAUACCCACUUCAUUUGGGGACUUGAUUUCACUAAAGAACGCGUCCUUGGUGUCGAAUUCUUUGUCCGGGUCGAUACCGGAGUCGAUGUCGGCAAUACCCAGUUUGGUUCAUAUUGAUCUGAGCUCGAACCAGUUGAAUGAAGUUUUUUUUGCUGCUCUCUGAGUGAUGUAGACGCAGCUCUGCGCCGAUUGGAAGCGGCGACGACGACAGCGAGGGGGUCUGCUGGGUAUCGGUAAAACAGCUUCUGCCGACUCAGUCUUGGGUCUCUGGGAUGAAAGGACUUUGCAGCGUUUUGCUAUCUCCCUUGGGUCUUCGUUAAAUGAAACGCAGUGUUUCAUUAAAAUGAAACGCUCCGUUUCAUUAUGUUUGUAUUGCAAGCCUCUUAAGAGGACUGCAAUAAGAAUUUUCCUAUUCAAAAAUUUUCCAAAUCCCCUUCCCCUCCCACAUUCUCCCUCCUCUGCUCACCUUCACCGUAGCGUUUAGCUGCCGACGACUCCAAGGUUCUCUCUCUCUAUCUCUCUCGCAUUGUAUAUGGCUGGGUUAUUUUUACACUUAUUUCACAGUUCUCUUCCGUAGCCCUCACUCCCAUCUCUCACCCUCGAGGCCGCACUUUCUCUCCUUCCUUUCCUCACUUCUGUAGCCCUCUUACCCACACUUCUCUCCCACUUUUCUCCCGUAGCCCUCUCUUUCUAACCCCGAUCUGUGACUCGAAGACAUGUACAACGAGUAAUGCGUCCAGAUUUUGCUCAACAGCAUUAAAUUGUUCAACUCAGUUGAAACUGAUUCGAAUCGUGGUGUGCGAGAGACAGAAUAAUUAAUAGAAAAGGGAAGCAAAAGGGGAGGAGUUAUGAGGCACCUAUGAAUUCACAUGAAAGUAGAGAAGACAGAGUCAUAGACAAUGAUCAUGUAUAAUUCGUGUUUCUGCAUCUGAAUCAAAUCAUGGAUCAAGAGGAUGAAAUUUCAAGUGCAAGGUGUGCAUGUAGACAAUUAUGUGCACCACUAUGGAGGUGAAGUGCAGGGAGCAUGCGGAAGGAAAGCACCCCAAAUCUGAUGUUUAGGUUCUGCUUGGCAAACAAUAGGGUGCUUUUGGGCGAUCCGUGCUGGGUAAAUUCAUUCAUUGCAUGCUUUCCUCUUAGCUUGGUUACUGUCUUUUGUGAAAGGCAUGUGAGUGAAACUGUGCAGUAGCAGUCGGGGUACAUGAAAGGAGGAAGGAAGAAUCUGAAGAGGGCAGCAGAGGAAGAGAAGUUCAAUCUCCAGGAUGGUCAAACCAUCAUGCAAGUGCUGUCUCUUCGAGGUUCUAAUCUCAUUGAGUUAUGGGAAUUGGGAAGUCACUGGACUUUCAAGUUACAAGUUCAAAAUGGGUUUAGCAAGGUCCUUGAAUCUUUCUAGGAAAGCUACUCCAAAAUGCCUUGGUGCAAAGGUAAUGGAUGGGCAAGGCGAGAAAUCACUGGCAUUGUUUCCGGCUAAGUUUCAAAAAAGCAUGUGGAUAAGACGAGGUAGUUUUGUUGUGGUUGACAUAUGUGGAAAGGAAAAGGCUCUGGAAUCAGGUAGCAAGGUGGCAUGCCUUGUGUCCCAAGUUCUCUUUUAUGAACAAGUUCGCCCUCUUCAGAAAUCUCCAGAGUGGCCUGAAAUUUUCAAAUCUACACAUUUGGAGGAUUCUAGUGGAAGUUUGUGUGGGAAGACCUCCCAGCAAGAAGAGGAUGAGCUUGAAUCUAGUGAUGAGGAAGGACUUCCCCCAAUAGAGGUCAAUACUAACAGAAUCAAACCCUUUGAACUUCUAUCAGAUGCAGAAUCAGUUUCGAGCUCAGAUAGAGAUUCUUAAGCUUUUAAAUGUGAGACAAAAAGCAUCAUUGUAAGAGUUGCACAUGCAUCACAAAAUAUGAGGAUGGGAAAGACUUUUGCAUUAACAUCCCAAAUUCUUGUCCAAAUUGCACUAUGGCAUUUUUGUAGAAUUGAAUAUGUAGUCAAGUGUUGAGACCUAAAACACACCUGCAAUAUGGGUCUCAACAAGUUGGUUUGAAAUAUUUUUUUGUGCAAUUUACAUUUUUCCUUCCAAGCAA